AUGAUACCUUUGGUUAUGAAAAGAAAUCGUUACAAUUGUCAACGCAUUUACGACGACAGCCGAAUGAAGAACAUUUUGUACGGCAAUAACAAUAGGUCCGACUACGAUAUCGUUAUCGGGGAAAUUUCGGUGUCGGAAUGUUUGACGUACGUGGCGGCCAGAUUGAAAUUUCCGAUGAUAUACAGUAUACCCUCGCCGAUGAUUACGCACAUUGAAUACAAUCUGUUCGGCCAUGUCCCCAACCCAGCGACGGAGCCGAAUCUAGUGUCCGAUCACGCGGUGCUCAAAACAUUUUUCCAACGGCUCGAGAACUCGGUAUUUAUGGCGUACUACAUGCUUUCAUUGCGGUACGUGGAAUGGACGUUGAAGAGAAAUGAUCCGCAGUCGUUCAACACGGUUGGUCCCGUGAAACCUUCGCUCGUGUUUACUAACACGCAUCACCUAACCGAAAAGGCCCGGCCGUUACCGCCGAAUCUCGUGCCAAUCGGCGGCAUACAUUUAAAAUUAAAACCGCCAACGGGUAUACCUGAAGCCAGUGGCGUGUUGGCCGUGAUUUUGAGGGGCAAUUGCCCGAUAAUUUUAAGUGGUGGGUGGGUGGGUGCCUGGUGGUUAAGUACUGGAGUCUGUGGAGAAAUUGUAGUACAAGAUUAA